AUGAAGACUAUUUUAACAUGGUUGGGAUUAUGUCUGGUGGCUGAAUUGCAAUGCCAUGAUAUUGGGUACAUUUGGAGUCCUCUAGCUUCAGAUGACCACAGACACAGGUCAGUGAUGGCAUCCAUCCGUGAGAGGUCAUUCUUGGGUCUCAGAGAUGGCCUGGCAGUGGACAGGAGACCAUGGACCUCAGACACCACCCCAAGACCCAAACGCAGGCGCCCAGAGACCCAAAAAGUGAAUUUUUCACACAGGGUCCAGGCUGCCAGAUUGGUGAAUGCCAAUAAGGAUGCUGCCAGGGGUUGGAAAGACAUGGAGAUGGGUCCCAAUCAGCCCCAGUUCCAACCUUACCACAGCCCAUUCCCGAAGGUUGUGGGAUAUAACCUGAAAAAGGCCUCUCUGGAAACUCCAACCCCUGGAUUUCUGCAGUCCAUGGAAGACAUGAGAAACUCUCCUGACUACUCCUUUGAGACCCCUCAGAAAGGUUUCAAUGAGGACAAUGGAUUUUGUCAAAAUCUCUUUGAUCCAAGCUGCAAAGAUGUUCCUUUUCAACAUGAGAAUACAUGGAACUCAGCUGAUGAUGAAACCUUGAAGUACAAGAAACCAACUCAGGCUAGAAUGCAGAGAAGAAAUGUUCCUGAGCAUGACUGGAUCUCCUUCAUGGCAAAGCACUUCAAGAGAGCCAUUCAUAGCAAAAGAUCCCCCAAAACAAUGCUUCCAUUUUUCAAAUGCAUCUUGGAUGAUGUCAAGAAAUCAAACUCUCUCAAAGAUGACUAUCAGGGGCAUCAGGAUUGCUGGACAGAAAUGCAUUCAAUUCUGGGAGCCUGAAAAUUUGAAAAAGGCAGAAUGAAGGAAGAAUAGCUUAUUUCUGCAAAAUAUCAAAAAAUAAAAAGAAAGCGGGAAGCGCACAAAAUAAUUCGUCUCCUGAUGCUGAGUCAACUUUCCCAAAACCCAGGAUGCGAUAACAGGGGAGAUGUCAAGUUCAAUGACCCUGGAUUGUAUUUACAGAAACUCUGGAUGAGUCUUUGGGGGCAAAUACAAAGUCUGAACCAGCA